AUCCUGCGGUUUUUGGUAGAACAACUGUGAAGAAUAUCGCUUCUGUUCUCUAAAACCACAGAACUUGUUUAACAGUGUUCUAGAAGAAUGUGCUUUGCUUUGGGGGCAUACAGAUACACCAACAUGCAACAUAUUAACUGUGGGUUGAGGGGGUAUCUUCUCUUGUUACACUGAAAAAAUAAAUAGUGUGAUUAUUUAUCUGCCCAGACAUUUGCAGUGUGCUAAAGCAUCUUCGUAACUAAGAGCUAUUUUAUUCCCUUCCUCAGCAAGAGAAUAUGAGUUCAGCAGGGAGAAAAAGAGGAAAGCCCACCGGAGGAAGAGGAAGAGGGAGAGGAGGCAGUGGAAGAGGAGGAAGAGGAGGAGGCAGUAGUAGCCAUUCAAACAAAUCUCAGCUUGGUGGAAAUAGGAAAUGUUCAACCAGAAUUUGGGAUGAUGGAGAUGAUUUUUGUCUCUUCGAGGGACCAAGACUGGAGUCCAGGUCAAAUGCACCUGCCAGAAGAGGAGGGCAAACAAAACAGAGACCUGAAGCAAAAAUGCCUCUGCAGACUAUACACAUGACAUCAGAGAAUCAGAGAAGAGUGAAGGAACUUCUUCAAGAACUUCAAGGGCAGGAUCUUGCUCCUGAAUCAGAAGUAGCUGGUUCUGGUGAAGACGAGGAUGAACCAGAUUACCUUGAUGAUGAACAGUGCUGGUCAACGGAUUGGGAAGUUUCUGACCUACUACCAAGGUCAUCUGCUGAGCCAGCUGAGCACAAAGUAGUGGAAAGUGAAGUGUCUUCAUUUGCUGUGCACAAACUCUCCAGGUAUGGUUUUGACAGUGAGCGCUGUAGAACAGUACUGGGAUCCUCCAACGGUAAUAUUGGGGCAUCACUGGAGUAUUUGCUAUUGCAGUGCUUUACAGAAAGAUAUGGAGAGAAAAUGCAGGUUUCGUCAACAGCUGCUGAAGCCAGUCAAGAAGAGUGUUUAGAACAGAGAAGAGAAGAGGCUUUUGCCCUCCGGUCAAUCUGUGGAGAAAAAUUUGUAGAGAGAAUUCAAAACCGUGUUUGGACUUUUAGUUUGGAACUGGAGUACCUAGCAAAUAGGCUCAGCAAAUCUAAACAAAAGAGUGAUUGUACAAGGGACACGGCAAAGCUGACUACAAAGGAAAUAUGUAAAUUUUAUCUCCAAGGAGGCUGCAGGUUUGGUUCAAAAUGCAGAUUUGGACAUGAAUUCCCUCCAAACCACCCACUAAAACCAGCCAGGAGCUCUGUAGAUGAUGCUCAUCUCAGAGUUGAUUGUCCUGUAUAUGAACUUGAAGUAAGAUUUCCUGAAGAAAACAAGUAUCCACUUCAGGCACCUCUUGUGGCAUUUUAUUCCACUGAUGAGAAUCUACCUCUUGCUUGUCGUUUACACAUUGCUGAAUUCCUCUUUGGAAAGGCCUUGAUAGCUGCAGAGUCUGGUGAACCAGUGGUGUACACCUUAGUGACUUGCUUAGAAGAUGAAUACGAAAUGAUCAAGUUGCUUGAAAAUACUCACCACAAGUACAGUGUUCCUCCUGUGUCCCUGCUGGCUAAACCUUCAGUAAAGCUACAGGCGGGGAGUACAUCCAGUUCGAAUCGGAAGUCUGAAGCCUCAACAGUGUCAGAGCCUCAGGAAGAAGAGGUGGCAGAAGAAGAGGAAGGUGAGCCUCAACAAGUUGUUGUGGAGAAUGAGAGUUACGUGCACCUCAAGAAAAAGCUCUCCAAAAAGUAUGAUGUGCAGGCAAAGUCUCUGUAUAACGAAAAUGUUAAACUCUGCACGCAAUUUCGGCUGAAAAAGUCUUCUAGGCACUUCCAGUCCAUGUUGUAUGAAAGACAGAAGCUCCCGGCAUGGCAAGAGAGAGAAACCAUUCUUGAUUUGCUGAAGAGCCACCAAGUUCUUGUUGUGAGCGGCAUGACAGGAUGUGGGAAGACCACUCAGAUUCCUCAAUUUAUUUUGGAUGCUUCAUUGCAAGGAUCUCCAAGCAGAGUUGCAAACAUCAUCUGCACUCAGCCUCGCAGGAUCUCUGCCAUUUCUGUGGCUGAACGUGUAGCCAAAGAAAGAGCAGAAAGGAUUGGACUUACUGUUGGAUAUCAGAUCCGUCUGGAAAGUGUAAAGUCCUCAGCUACCAGACUCUUGUACUGCACUACUGGUGUGCUGUUGAGAAGGCUGGAAGGUGAUCUGACUUUGCAUGGAAUCACGCAUGUUAUUGUUGAUGAAGUUCAUGAAAGAACAGAAGAAAGUGACUUCUUGCUGCUGGUUUUGAAAGAUAUAAUGGUUCAGAGGCCAGACCUGCGCAUUGUACUAAUGAGUGCCACCGUGAAUGCGGAGCUUUUUUCUCAAUACUUUCACUCCUGCCCAAUUAUUAACAUACCAGGACGAACGUUUCCUGUGGAUCAGUUUUUCCUGGAGGAUGUGAUUGCAAUGACAAGAUAUGUUUUAGAGGACAGUAGUCCCUACAGGCGCAAGACAAAGCAAGAAAACAAGCAGAAUGCAAGACACAAAAGAACUGCAUAUGAAGAAGUAGAGGAGGACCUGAGACGUGCUGGCAUGCUUGAAAGCACUGACACAGUUGUCAGAGAUUCAGACCCAGACCAAAAAUUAACUCUGAAGCAGCUCCUUACACGAUAUAAAGGAGUUAACAAGUCAGUGUUGAAAACAAUGUCUGUCAUGGACUUGGACAAAGUUAAUUUGGAAUUAAUUGAAGCCUUGUUGGAAUGGAUAGUUGCUGGCAGACAUUCAUACCCCCCAGGUGCUGUGUUGAUAUUUUUGCCUGGUCUAGCAGAAAUCAAGAUGCUUUAUGAGCAGCUCCAGUCUAACGCCCUUUUUAAUAACAGGCACAGCAAGAGGUGUGUUGUUUAUCCACUUCAUUCUUCACUGUCUAGUGAAGAACAGCAGUCUGUGUUCCUCAGGCUACCUGCAGGAGUUAUCAAAAUCAUCAUCUCUACAAACAUUGCAGAAACAUCUGUCACCAUUGAUGAUGUGGUCUAUGUGAUUGAUUCUGGAAAAAUGAAAGAGAAAAGAUAUGACCCAAGCAAAGGAAUGGAAAGUCUGGAAGACACAUUCGUGUCCAAGGCCAACGCUCUGCAAAGGAAAGGGCGAGCAGGCCGUGUAGCCUCAGGUGUCUGCUUUCAUCUUUUCAGUAGCCAUCACUAUAACCAUCAGCUUAUAAAAGAGCAGUUGCCAGAAAUACAAAGAGUUCCCUUGGAGCAGCUUUGUCUAAGAAUUAAGAUUCUGGAGAUGUUUUCUGCACAGAGUCUUCACUCUGUCUUAUCACGACUAAUCGAGCCCCCUAGAACUGAGUCUUUGCGAGCAUCAAAGCUGCGACUACAAGACUUGGGAGCAUUAACUCCAGAUGAAAAGCUCACCCCUCUGGGAUAUCACCUGGCUUCUCUGCCUGUUGAUGUCAGAAUUGGCAAGCUGAUGCUGUUUGGCACCAUCUUCCGCUGCCUGGAUCCUGCGCUGACUAUAGCAGCCAGUCUGGCCUUUAAGUCACCUUUUGUGUCACCAUGGGAUAAAAGGGAAGAAGCAAACAAAAAGAAGUUGGAGUUUGCAGUAGGAAACAGCGACUACCUGGCUCUUCUGCAGGCCUAUAAGGGGUGGCGUUUGAGUAUCAGAGAGGGUUCUCAGGCAAGCUACAACUACUGCAGGGAGAACUUUUUGUCAGGAAGAGUUCUUCAGGAAAUUGCCAGCCUGAAACGGCAAUUCACCGAACUGCUUUCUGACAUCGGGUUUGUGAAGGAGGGAUUAAGAGCCAGGGACAUUGAGAAGAAGUGGUCCCAAGAAGGUGAUGGCGUGUUGGAUGCUACAGGGGAAGAGGCAAAUUCAAACGCAGAGAACAUCAAGCUGAUCUCGGCUAUAUUGUGUGCCGCGCUGUAUCCCAAUGUUGUGCAGGUGAAAAAGCCAGAGGGCAAAUACCAGAAGACCAGUACAGGAGUGGUCAAAUUGCAGCCUAAAGCAGAAGAGCUGAAGUUUGUUACCAAAAAUGAUGGUUACGUUCACAUUCAUCCUUCGUCUGUGAAUUAUCAGACUAGGCACUUUGAAAGCCCCUACCUGGUGUAUCAUGAGAAGAUCAAGACCAGCCGUGUGUUCAUUCGAGACUGCAGCAUGGUGUCAGUGUACCCACUGGUCCUCCUUGGAGGUGGGCAGGUCCACAUGCAGCUGCAGAAGGGAGAAUUUGUCAUUUCUCUUGACGAUGGAUGGAUACGGUUUGUGGCUGCCUCUCACCAGGUGGCUGAGCUGGUGAAGGAGCUGCGCUGUGAACUAGACCAGCUGCUGCAGGAUAAAAUCAAGAAUCCAAGCAUGGACUUAUGCAUGUGCCCCCGUGGAUCUCGGAUCAUCAGUAUGAUUGUAAAGCUUGUGACCACGCAGUAACGUGAGAACAGCUUUCUGUACUCACUGUUUGCUACUGUCUGAGAAUGGACCAACUAACAUCAGUGUCUUGAUGUAUUUGUCAUCCCCAAAAAUGGCACGGAUCUCUGGAAGACCAAGUUGGCACCUGUAUUAUUGACAGGUUUUGGAUUGGUUUGGUUUGGUUUGGUUUCUUUGUUUACAGAGAGCUCUCUUGUUGAAAGUAAGGUUUGUUACACUACACACUGGAACAUGGGAAAAUGGCAAAUCUCGCAAGAGGAGAAGAAACUGCCAGCUAAGGAAGUGUUUUUUCAUGAGGCCAUA